AUGUUUGACUGGGCUCAUCGAAUUCGUCACACACCGGAUGACCAAAGCCCGAACGGUCCCGGUUCGCACAAUUCGCGAGUGACAAGUUCCUCCGACGACCCAGACAGAUUGUCCCUAACAGUUGGGUCGAAUGAUGGACGAGAGAAAUCAUCCAGCCCGGAAAUGCGAUCUGAGAGUCAGAAACGACGGGAGCAACUACAAAGAGGAACUUCGUUCAGCAUUGCACAGUUUAAUGCAAAACGGGAGGAGAAAAUCAGCUUAAAGGGUUCAAUCAGAAGUGGUUCCGAUCGAGAGGAUAAAACACCCGAACGGGAAGCCGAUGGACCUUGGGUCAAAGGAUUCGGAGUUCCGGAAAGACGAAGAAAGAUGAAGCUGUGA